UUGUUUGUUUCCUGUGGGGCGAACGCGAGCGCGGCGCCGGCGUACGAGAUGACGGCGGCGGCGGGCGCGGGCGGCGUGUACGAUGGCGGGCUGCUGGUCGCUGCCCACGCGCCCGCCCAGCCGCCCGCGCCGCUCUCGCACGCGCACCACCAUCACCACGACCCGCGCAAGAGGAAGAGCCAGCACUAUUGCCCGGAGAGCUACGAAAUGCCGCAUUGUGAAACGCCGCAGGCCUCUGCGUCGACUCCAUCGGUUGGAGACCCCGCCUGCGCGACAAGAAAAAGAAAACCAUCCUCUUACGGCACGGGCAGCACGUGUGAUGAUGAUGGCACCGACGAAACGCGCUCCACACGUACACUUCCUGAUAAAAAACAGAAUCACAGCGAGAUCGAGAAGCGUCGUCGCGACAAGAUGAACACCUACAUAUCGGAGCUGAGCGCGAUGAUACCCAUGUGCGGUGCAAUGGCCCGCAAGCUUGAUAAGUUGACGGUGUUGAGGAUGGCGGUGCAGCAUCUGAGGUCCGUUAGAGGAGCUCUUGCUGCCGGCCCUUUGACCGCACGCCCGUGUCCCGCUUUUCUCUCAGAGCGCGAGCUCAACUCCCUUGUCCUUCACGCAGCCCACGAUGCGUUUCUCUUAGUAGUGGGAUGCGAUCGCGGCCGUCUGCUAUACGUUUCGAAAUCUGUGAGCAGAACGUUGAAUUUCGACCAGUCGGAAUUACUGGGGCAGAGCUUGUUCGACAUUUUGCACCCAAAAGAUGUUGCGAAGGUGAAGGAGCAGCUCUCCUCGUCAGAUCUCAGUCCUCGGGAGCGCCUCAUUGAUGCCAAAACGAUGUUGCCAGUGAAGGCGGAUGUGAUCGCGGGCACUUCGCGUCUGUGUCCGGGUGCAAGGCGCUCGUUUUUCUGCCGUAUCAAGUGCCGCCCUCCAGUCAACCCUCCCGCUGCAACAUCUACGACCGCUCCAGACCCCCAUCCUGCCGCCAUCCCAGUCAAGGAGGAAACUAAUGAAGACACCAAAGUGAGGAAAAAGCAGAACGAGAAGAAGUACUGCGUCGUACAAUGCACUGGAUAUCUCAAGUCCUGGACACCGGUGGAAAUGGAGGGGGAAGGUGCCAUUACUGGUGAUGCUGUUGAAGAAGAAACAAGUAGCCUCUCCUGUCUCGUAGCUCUAGGACGUGCUUUAACCGACCUUACUCCCGUCCUCAUUCAGCCAGCGCCGACGCCGGCGCCGGCGCCGCCACCGUUUAGACGUCUCCAAUACAUUUCCAGGCAUGCCAUGGAUGGCAAGUUCCUUUUUGUUGAUCAGAGAGUGACACUAGCUCUCGGCUUUUUACCACAAGAGCUACUAGGCACAAGUUUGUACGAGUACGUGAGUGCCCCCGAAUUGACUGCAGUCGCUCGCACUCAUAAGGCGGCCAUCCUGCGACAAGACUCCAUGCACACGCCCCCAUACAGUUUCAGAAAAAAAGAUGGCACUUCAGCGCGGAUUACUACGCAUUUCAAGCCGUUCAGGAAUCCGUGGACGAAAGACGUGGAAUACCUCGUAGCGAACAACACUGUGGUGACGGAGUCGUAUGCUCCUCCACAGCACGAGACCCACGUCACCUACGAUAUGUUCAAACAGCAAAAGGGCGACGCGGAGAUGCAGCGGCUGAUCGAUUCGCAGGUCGAGUCGCACAAAAUCGGCAGCGCGAUCGCCGAGGAAGCGUUUCGUCGACCCUCGACCGAUUUCUCGCCCGACCUGUCGGCCGAUUUGUUGCAGGAAACCACGUACAAUCAACAGACACCGCUCGUUGAUAAUAUCCUUGGCGUGGAUAUGGGCAACUACACUCAAAUCCGCAACAAUGUACAACUCAGUGCCGCAGGUGUGGAGAACUCUUCACCGCCAACCGUUGCCAGCGAUUGUCUUCCUCCUACGACAUCUCCUCCCGCUUCCCCGUCUCUCCCCUCGGCAGGCCUCGAUGGAAACGGAGAGGCUGCAAUGGCCGUUAUAAUGAGCCUUUUAGAAGCCGAUGCUGGCCUUGGGGGAUCAGUCAAUUACUCUGGCCUGCCUUGGCCUCUACCAUAA